CCUGAAAUAGCUUCUGAGUUUUCACCAGUGUUUUGUUUUAAGAUGAUAACAUGCUUCCAUCCCAUUAAAGAGUUACAGGAGCAGCUUCUGGCUGCAGCAUCUCACGUGGAAGAGUUAGAACAGCUAAAGCGAGACUUUGCACAACAGCAGCAACGAGAGAAAAUCGAGCAUGAGACUGAUCUGGAGCAGCUGAGGAUUUACUUUGAAAAGAAGUUAAGGGAUGCCGAAAAAAGCUACCAAGAAGACCUGACUUUGUUACAGCAGCGGCUGCAAGAGGUGAAGGAAGAUUCUUUUCUGGAAUAUGCAGAUAUCAGUUCGUCCAGUACCUUUUUAGAAGAGAUGGCUGAGAAGGAAAGGAAAGAACACCUUGACCAACUUAAGCUUCAGCUUGAGCAACACGAGGAGAGCUUGAUGUGUCUGCAGGCACAGCUGGAAGAAAAGCACAGGCGUGAGUUGGAAGUGCUGAAGUCCUCUCUUGAAAUUCAGCAUGAGGAGGAGAUGACAAAGGUCAGGAUGGACCUCGCGGACAAGCACCUCGCCGAGACCCAGGUGUGGAAGAGGGAGCAGUGCCUGGAGCUCGAACGGCUCCGGGCUGCACUCUCAGGAGAGCAUAUCCAAGAGCUCACACGGAUGCGUCUCCAGCAUACGCAGGAUGUGGCCUCAGAGGUGGAAACGGAGGUGGUGGCGAGAGUCUUGGGCCUGGAAAAUGAAUACAAGGUUAAGUUCUCGCUUCUUCAGACCGAACUAAAGGAAGAAAUGGAACUUUUAAAAAUAGAAAAUAGGAAUUUACAUGAAAAGUUGCAGCAUGAAAUCCAUCUGAGAGAGGAUGUGGAGAAAGCAAAAUGUAAUUCACUUGAAGAACACCAGGAAGAAGUAAGGAAAACUAAGGAGAAGGUUCAGCUAAUGAGACAAGAAUUCAAGGAGAAAGAAGAAGAGUGGGAAGUUACACGAGAAGACCUAAAGAGAAAAGCUGAAGAAAAGUUGACACUGAUGCUCCUCCAACUGAGAGAAAAAACUGAGUCGGAGAAGCAGGCGAUAAUAGAUAGGUUUGAGCUUCGAGAGACUGAAAUGAGGCAGCUUCAGGGCGAGCAGGCGGCCCAGAUCCAGGAGCUGGCCAGGUCUCUGGCGGAACAGCAGGGCCGCCUGAAGCAGCUGGAGCUCGGGGCGGCCGGGGAUGAGCCUCCACAGUGCAGCCAGUGCGGCCCUGUGGCUGAGGCCUGGCAGCGCACCACGCUUCGCCUGAAGGAGGACUGUGCCCUCCAGCUGAUGCUGGCCCAGAACAGGUUUUUGGAAGAACGUAAAGAGAUGAUGGAGAAGUUUGCUGCAGAGCAUGACGCCGCCCUGCAGGUGCUCCAGGAGAAGCACGUGGGCGAGCUCCAGCUCCUCCAGGACAGCCACCGGCAGCACGUCGUGUCCCUGACGACCGAGCUGCAGGCCGAGCACCAGGCCGAGAUGGGUGCACUGAGGACCACGCUGCAGAGUGAGCAGCGGGUGCUUUUGGAGACCCAUGCGGCCGAGCUGCAGACCAGACAGGCCGAAGAACUCAGCACCCUGGAGGCGAAGCAUCUGUCAAACCUGGACUCCUUGGAAUCCUGCUACCUGUCUGCCAUCCAGAUGCUCCGGGAUGAGCACAGGCAGGCUCUGCAGCAGCUGAGCGUGGACCUUGAGGAGCAGCUGCGGAAGAAGGAUGCCCUUCACCAGGUGGUUCUGACCCAGGAGCUAGAGCAACUGAAGCUGAAGCAUGAAGGAGAGCUUCAGGGCACAAAGGACAGCCUGAGGAUUGAAAUGAGCACGAAGCACAUUGAGAGCCUCAAAGCCAUGGCCGCCGAGCUUCAGCGUGCACAUCAGGAGGAGCUGGCCGCAGCUCUGCAUGCUCAGCGGUGCCUGCUGGAGGAGGAGAAGAGCUCAGCUCUGGACGGGGUUGGCACCGAGGUCGUGCUUGUGGAGCGCCGGCACCAGGCGGCCCCGCAGGAGCUUGGAGACGUGCAGGUGGCUGAGGCGCAGACACCACAGGAGGAGGCUGUGCAGAGUGAGCUUGAAGAGAAAGCUGCUCUGCGUGAAGAGGAGGAGGUACGUGAACGUGACAGCGAGCAGGUCCAGUCUCCUCACGAGAAGGAGGAAGCGUCCCUGUCUCUGCAGCUCCAGGAGAAGGAGCACCACAUUCAGCAGCUGAAAGAUCAGAUUACAUCCUUAAGUAACGAGAUCGAAGAAUGUCAUUCUGCACUUGAGAAACUACAGCAAAGAUGUGAACGAGAAAACCAGGAAGGCGCAAAUCUCAUAUCUGUGUUGAAGUCCGAUAUUGAUUUAUCUUACAAUGAAAGGAACGCGCUCCAGGAUGCCCUCAGAAGGCUGCUGAGCUUGUUUGGAGAGACGCUGAGGGCUGCGGUUGCCAUGAGGAGUCAGAUCAGUGAGCGUGUGGGGCUCUGUUUGGACGAUGUGGGGGCCACUGAUACAGAGAGCCUGCCCGAAGUGUGGCCAAGCGUUGAGGUCCUGUGUGCAGGUGAUUGCACAGGUGAGCAUGCAGCCCCCACACUGGAUGAGGCCCUGCCUGGGUUCAGCACAGCUCCGCUAGAGCCUGACGGGACGCCGCCCGAGUCUGCGGAGGCAUCGGCUGCGGCCGAGAUCAGCAGUCAUGUGUGCGAGAGCUUCUUUAUGAGCCCAGAGGCCACGCUGGAGUACGAGCAGCCGGUCAGGAAGGUCUACCAGAGCCUCCGAGUGGCCGUGAACAGUCUCCUAGAGAUGGCCCUGGACUCCAGCAGACAGCUGGAGGAAGCACGCCAAAUUCAUUCUCGUUUUGAGAAAGAAUUUAAUUAUAAAAACGAGGAGACCGCGCAGGUCAUUAGAAAGCAGAAGGAGCUGCUGGACUGCCUCAAUGAGGAGAGCGCAGCGACGGCUGCACUCACCCGGGAGCUCCACCAGGCCCACGGCGUCAUCGAGGGGUUCAAAGAAGAGAGGGCAGACCUGCAGGCAGCGCUGGACCAGAAGGAGCAGUCAGAGCAGCGCCUGGUCUUGGAGCUGGAGCACCUGGGCCGGCAGCUUCAGGUGGCAACCCAGGAGCAGGCGCGGCUGAAGGAGGAGUGUGCUGCCCUGCAGAGCCAGAAGGAGGUGCUGGCGGCUGGCGCACAGGAGAGAGAAGCUGGUCUCCGGAAGGAGGUGGAGUGUCUGACAGAGGAGCACUUGGAGACCAGGAAGCAGUGUGAGAAGGACCGCGCUGCCUUGCUGUCCCAGUUGCGGAUGCUGGAGUCCGAGUUAGAGGAGCAGGUGUCCCGGCACCAGGCGUGUGCCCAGCAUGCAGAGGAGGUCGCUGCCCUGAAACAGCAGAUGGCGUCUCUGGACAAGCACCUGCGCAGCCAGCGGCAGUUCAUGGACGAGCAGGCUGCGGAGCGGGAGCAUGAGCGUGAUGAGUUCCAGCAGGAGAUCCAGAGGCUGGAGGAGGAGCUGCGGCAGGCGACCCGGCCCCAGGCCACGGGGGCCCACGACGGCCACCAGAGCACGCAGCCGAGUGAAGAGGUUGAAUUGUUACAGGAAAAGUUAAGGGAGAAGUCAGACGGGUUUAAUGAGCUGGCUGUGAAGAAGGAGCUGGCCGACAGGUGGCUGGCGGUGCAACGGGAGGAGAUCCAGCGCCUCGAGGCGGCGGUCGCGGAGGCUGGCAGGAGGGCAGCCCAGCUCCAGAAAGAGCUGGAGACGCAGAGGAGGAUUGGGGAAGAGUCACAGCAGGAUAAAGAGUUAUUAAAGAAACAGCAGAUGAAUCACUUGAUUCUGGUGUCUGCGUUGCAGACUGAACUAGAGGAGGCCAAAUGCCAUGUGCCUCCUGCAGGCAGCCCUGCUGGGGGCACAGAAGCACAGCCAGAGGCGGCGCCCGAGGGGCAGCCACAGUGCAAGAGAGAGGUUUUGGACUUAAAAGAACAGCUAGAAGAAGUUAAAGAUAAUUUAGCGAGUAAAAAUGAGGAAAUAUUACAUCUGACCUUAAAACUAGAUGUGCAGGCCCAGCAUACCGCUGCCAGCCUCCGGGAACUUCAAGAGGAGAAUGCCCACUUGAAGGCAUUUCUGCACAGCAAAGAAGAGGAGAUCGUGUCCAUGAGGGAGCAGUUGCAGGUGCAGCCGGAUGGGUCGGGAGAGUCCGUGGAGAGAGAGGCUGUGUGUGACAGAAGCCCUGAAGUGGAAGAGUUGAAGUCCAUUAUUGAAAACCUGCAGGAGAACCAAGCUCGGCUUCAGAAGGAGAAGGCGGAGGAGAUUGAGCAGCUCCACGAGGUCAUUGAGAAACUGCAGAAGGAGCUCUCUCCCGGGGGACCUGUGACCCCCGAAAUCAGCGACAGUCCAGCAGAAAGCCUUCGGACUGAGCUGGAGCGAGAGCUGCUGGGUGCCCGUGAGGUGGUGGCUAAGGACCUGGCGGAACCGGGGCCCCACGUGUGGGCACUGCAGGCCGAGUUGGAGGCGGCGCUGGUGGGCAAGGCGGCCCUGUGCCGGCUGCUGGAGGAGCGGGAGCAGGGGCACCACCAGGCCCUGGAGGCACUGGGGCAGAGCCUGCAGGCUGCUGAGGCAGCCGCCACCCGCCAGCUGGCUGGGCUGAGGCGCAGCGUGGCCCUCAAGGAGUCCGCACUGGAGGCGCUGGCCUCCCGCCUGGCGGAGUUCGAGGAUACCCUGAGAGAAAAGGAAGCGUUGAUUUCAGAGAAAGAUCUAGAAAUCAGUGCACUGAGCAAGCAGAGAGCAGCCCGCCUUGCUGAGCUAGAGGCCAUGCUGGUGGCGGUGUCUGGGUUCCGACGCACCCUGGAGCGGCAGCCCUGGGCUGAGGUGGCGGAGCCCCCGGAGCUGCAGGCGCUGCGGGCUCAGUGCGCGCAUCUCGGCCGCCAGCUGCAGACCAUGAGCCAGCGGUUCCUGCUGUGCCAGCGGGAGCUGGGUCGGCACCAGGCCCGUGGGCAGGCCGGUGCCAGGAGCGGAGUCCCCAGUGGCACGGCUGCCGUCGAGACUGUGUGUAGUAACGGUUCGGACCAGGACGGAGGUAGCAGGCCGAUGCACACCGUGCCCCACGGCCAGGACCCUCAGGUGGGCUUCCUCCUUCCUGGGCAUGGUGUGGGGGUGGGCCAGAGUUCUCCUAGGAAGUUGGGAUUUUUUCUUACUUUGCUACUUUUCAAAAAUUUUCACGGCAUUUCUCCGUCACCGAUGGUGACGGGAAGCAGUUGUCAGUGGGUAGCUGUGAGUGGGCGGUCCCUGUGGGUGGUGUGGUGUGGGGAUCCUGUGGGCGGUGUGGGCAGGGACAUCCUGUGGGUGUUAUGGUCUGUGGGGCAGCCCCAGCUGUGCACAGCCCCAUCCCCGCCUCACUGCACGCUGGCUCGAGGGCAGCCCCAGCUGUGCACAGCCCCAUCCCCACCUCACUGCACGCGGGCUCUUGGGCAGCCCCAGCUGUGCACAGCCCCAUCCCCGCCUCACUGCACACGGGCUCUUGGGCAGCCCCAGCUGUGCACAGCCCCAUCCCCGCCUCACUGCACGCUGGCUCCCGGCCAGGCUCAGCUCUGCAGCCUCGUGAAGGACCAUCAGCAGCCAGCCCCCGGCUGUGAGGCUCCGGGAGGUGCAGGUCUGGUGGGACGAGAGAGCGUGAUGUCAGUGCUGGCCGCCUGCCAGAAGCAGCUGGCAUCUGAGCUCCUCCUGGUGAGGGACGAGGUGCUCCUGAGCAGAGAGAACAGCCGUGGUCGGCUGCGGCGGGACAAGGGUAAGGAGAGACUGCUGGAAGAUUGUCAGCUGCAGAAAGCAGACCUGUUAACUCAGGUGAAACACCUUCAGGAGAGAUUGGCUCAUCUGGUCUGUUCUAUGACUGCCCAUGAUGUGGGCCCGGAAGGUUCCAUGCACCCACCGCCAUCGGCACGCUCAACGCCUUCUCUAGAAAAUAGCUUCAGCGAAGUUUCCUGCAGUGAUGAGUCGACUGACAGAUCUACCCCUGCGGACGUGUCCAAUACCCACAGAACCACGUGGGAUGUAACGGAAGUUAUUGAAUAUCCAGAUGUUUUGACAGGAACCGGAACAUCAAACGUUCCAAUUCGAGAGAAAAUGGAACCGCAAGGCUCACCAUUGUCUUUAAAAACUGGUUUGCAGAGCAGCUCUCAGGGUGCGGAGCCCCCCAGGAGCCCAGUGCGGGCGAUGGACCUGUCCUGGGGCUCCCCUGAGGUUGUCAGAAGGGACUCGAGCCUGGAGCCCCCGCCCAGCCUGCCUCUGACGCCCUGCUCAGACGCCGCGGGCCUGCGCAGCCCAGGCUCCUCGCUGCUCCAGGCAGGUGACUCUGGUCGCCUUUGUUACACGGUGCCCACAGCCAAGGGGAGGGCCCUGCCCUGGGCGGGGUCUCCCCUCGCGGAGAAGGACGUCGAAGAUUUUGUCGUAACGUCUUUUGGUUCACAAGAAAAUUUAAGAUCAUCUCCUCUUGGAGCUGGAAAAAGCGAUGGAAGUGAAAAAAGUGACGGCUCGGGUUUUGGAGAGAUUUUAAACGAAGGUUCAGAAAGAAUUGAAGCUCCCCUGGCGAGUCCCACGGCUCCUCCUCAGAAGUCUGGAAGGCGUCAAUCGCCACCAGUGGCAAUGAAGGAGCGGGCCGUCCACGCAAAGCAAGUGCAGGUAAUGGAUGGUGGGAAGCAGUGUGAGUCCACACGUGCGUCCAUGAGAUCCAGAAAACCCUCUGACCCUGCAUUGUGUCACAUGGGAGCCACUGUGAGUGUUCUGAGGCUGCCGGAACAAGAUGUGGCUUUAAGGAGCAGAGGUUUAUUGUCUCAGAAUGCAGGAUGGGGGCUGCUGGGCGGGGGGCCACAGGGCUUCCAUGUCGUGCUGGUCCCUCCAUGCAGCAUAUCCCAGAGCUGCGGCGGCAUCGUCACAUCUGUCUCUGGAUGCCUGGAGGAGGAUGUCCUCGUCACCUGGGGGAGUAUAAAAAUGGUCAUAUCCCAGAGCUGCGGCGGCAUCGUCACAUCUGUCUCUGGAUGCCUGGAGGAGGAUGUCCUCGUCACCUGGGGGAGUAUAAAAAUGGCGCUGCUAAAGAUGGUGUGUGAUGAGAGCCACCACAUCCUGGCCUUGUCCGAGCACCGGGGCGCCCCUAGCACGCUGGGCAGGGGUGAACCACAUGACCCUCCAGAGCGUGGCCUGGGGGAGGGGCUGGGCCUGAUGGAGGCAGUGCCAGCCCUCGGAGCACCCCAGAAAGGAGAGGAGGAACCUUCUGACGUGUGUGUGGACUGGAGAGGGGCGUUCCUGCGGGCUGUACAGGACGCGAUUGAGAAGGAGCGGCAUGCGCUGGGCGUGGAGCUGCAGUCCAGGCUGGGCUGCUGUGAGCCGGGGGAUGGUAGCUCCCUGCUUGAGCGGCUUGAGAAGGUCGUCCGGGAGCAGGGUGCCCUGCGGGAGCCGUCCGUGGAGUCCCUCUGUCUGUCUGAGCGGAGCAGCCUGCUGUCCGAGGUCCAGGCCCUGCGGGCCCAGCUGCGCAUGACGCACCUGCAGAACCAGGAGAAGAUGCAGCAGCUGUGCGCCGCGCUCACCAGCACAGAGGCCCGCGGGAGCCGCCAGGAGCACCAGCUGCGCAGGCAGGUUGAGCUGCUGGCGUACAAGGUUGAGCAGGAGAAGUGCAUAGCCAGCGACUUACAGAAAACGCUGAGCCAGGAGCAGGAGAAGGUGACUGGCGUCCGGAAGCUGCUUGUGUCGGAGCAGAACGCCGUCAGGGAUCUGAAGACCGAGCUCUGCGAGUGUAAGCAGGAGAACGAAAGGCUGCUCAAGUCCCUGAGUGACGUGCAGAAGGAGGUCCUCCAGCUGAGGUCCAUGCUGGACAGCAAGGAGAAGGACCUGGAGGCCGCGCUCAAGGAGCUGGAGGCCGAGCGCAGGAAGGAGCACGCCCUGCAGAGCCAGCUGGAGGAGGAGCAGCUCCAGCACCUGCAGAAGGAGGGCCAGAGCUCCCAGGCCCUGGAGGUAACUCAGGGUGGCGGGGCUGCCCCUCCCUCACUGGUACCCUCUUGGCGCGCCCUGGGGGCCGGAUGUGUGAGCGUGUGGCAGCACUCGGGCGACGGCGGGGGCCUGGGGCGGGGGCAGAGCUAUGUUUCAGCCUCGUGCUCCCAGAAGGUGGGCAGCAGCCUCCCCUCGGCAGCCUCGUGCCUCCAGAAGCAGCGGUUGGAGGCCGAGGUGCAGAUGCGCAGCCAGGAGCUGAAGCGAGAGAGGGAGGUAAGUUCCGGCCUGGAGGCGACCGUGGAGGCCCUGCAGACCCAGAAGCAGGAGCUGAGGUGCUCUCUGGAGAAGGAGAGGGAGAAGCCAGCACAGUUACAGGCAGAAUUAGAACAGUUACACGCAAGAUUGAGAGAGCAAGAUGCGCGGAAGGAGAGGAGGAGGAGAGCGGAGCCGAGGCAGAGCCGUGCAGACGCAGAGAAGUGGAAGAAGUGGCAGAGAGACAAGGAGAGACUGCGGGAACUAGAGUUGCGGCGUCAGCGCGACGAGCAUAAGAUCAAGCAGCUGCAGCGGACGGUGAGGGACCUGCAGUUGAGGGAAGACCUGCAUCCAGGCGGCGGCGUCUGCACCAGUGCGCCCCGAAGUGCUGGCCAUGCAGAGCUGCAUGUCCCGCUGGAGCUGAGCCGCCUGCGAGAACAGCAGGAGCAGCUGGAGAGCACGCGGCAGCAGCUGCUCUGUGCCGCCGGGCUCCUGACCAGCUUCAUCCACCAGACCGUGAACAGAACAAUUAACGAUUGGACAUCAUCAAAUGAGAAGUCAGUGGCCUCGCUGCUGCGGACACUGGAGGAACUGAAAUCUGACCUGAGCAUGUCCACCUCCACUCAGAAAAAUACAGCAGCACAGCUACAAACCCAGCUUGUGGAUGUCUUGCUAAAAGACAAUGACUCCCUCACAAAAGUGCUCAGCACGGUGACCCAAGAGAAAGCGGAGCUGUGCAAGGCUGUGUCCAAGCUUGAAAAGACCCUGAAGCACCAUCUGCACAAAGGCUGCACCCUGAGCAAGCCGGGCCGGGCUGCGUGGAAGCAUGAAAGGAUGGCCCCUCAGGGCUCGCCGAGACACGCGGACCCGAGACUGUGCAUGCUGGCUGGGAACGAGGAGGCUGCCACCUGCAGCGUCAAGAUGGAAAAAUUGUACCUGCAUUAUCUGAGAGCAGAGAGUUUUCGAAAAGCCUUGAUUUAUCAGAAGAAGUAUCUCUUGCUGCUGAUUGGUGGAUUCCAGGAUUCUGAGCAAGAAACCCUCUCAAUGAUUGCUCAUUUGGGAGUUUUUCCUUCCAAACCAGAUAAGAAAGCCACUGCAUCUCGUCCUUUCACCAAGUUCCGGACUGCGGUCAGGGUGGUGGUUGCAAUCUUAAGAUUACGCUUUUUGGUAAAGAAAUGGCAAGAAGUGGAUCGAAAAGGAACUCUACUGCGAGGCACAGCCCUCCGCCCAGCACCGCUUGCUUCCGGCCGGGUCACGUCUUCCCGCUCCAUUGCGCUCUCACAGUCUCGGGUCAUGCAGCCCUCACUUGCUGUGGCGCAGAAUGGCGCCCCCUCUGCCCGGUGUCUGUGCACUUGUCCUCACAGGCCGCACCUGGUGAUCUCUGGGGUUUCUGCCUGCCUCUUCCUAAGCUGCGUAGAGGCGGCACCCUAUCCCCAUCUCUCCUGGUGCCCUCCUGGCCGGCCCCUCACAGUUGCCCACACGGGUAUGGGGUCAGGUCAGCCUCACAGGAGUGAAAUGUGGGACAUGUGGGCGAGCAUUCCAACUAAAAUGUGCCCGUUUCUUUUUCUGAUCCCUGCAUGUUCUGUAAUUCUGGGGGAAGAAGCACCAAUGUCGCAGCGGCAGCCACCUCUGCCCGAAACCACAGGGUCUCCUCCAACCCGGGAUGCUUCGCCUGGCCUUGUCAGGGACCCUGCCUGUGGCACCAGGCCCACCCCAACAGCUUCACCACGCAGGAAGGACAGGUCCACUCCAUCUCCAAACUCAAGAUCAGAAAGGCCCCUGGAUGCUGCUCAAGAUCCGGAACACUCCUUGACAGAAUACAUUCACCAUUUAGAACUGAUCCAGCAGAGACUAGGGGGGUUACCUUCAGAUUCCACGUCAAAAAAAUCCUGCCGCCAGAAGAUUAAAUGAUGAAUAAAAUCCUUGUGGAUCGUACCUGUGACAACUCUGUUUGAGGAAAAGAUUUGGUUAUUUUUUCCUAAAGAAAGCUUGUGAUGUGGCAUGGGAUACACGUUCACGGCAUCGGCCCUCGAGUGCGUUAAUCAAGUGUUCAAACCUUUAUGCUACAAAACCCGACGGAGUGUGCCUGGUGUAAUUUCAGUUCGUUUCGCUCCUUGCCCUCAUGAGGUAAUGUACUCUCGUGAACAGGCGCGUGUGCUGUUCUGGGCGCGUCGGCAGAGCGACAUCUGCCUGCCUCCGAGAAGGGUAAACUGAGGAUGGCUUCCUGUUGUUUAUCUUCCUAAACUGGACAGUUGGAAACUUUGUUUUAAACAGAAAAUACAAAAAUCAAAAGGGGGAAUAAAAUUAAAGCACUGUUUUAUUUAUGAGUGGCCCUUAUUUUUUGUUCUAUCCAGCUUGCUUGCAUCACUGGCAAAAAAAUAAAAUAUAGACUUAGAACUUUUGUUAACUCCUGAAAAUGAAAAAUUCCCACGGAAUGCAAACACUUUUCACCUAGUAAAGCCAAUUAGCCACUUGCCUGUUGUUUAAUCUUAACUUGCUUUGUACUCUUAUUUCUGAAAGCCGCUGCCACUGCUUUUCACAACUCUGAUCAUCUUACAUUUUAUUCACAGUCACUUUUUGCCAUGCAGUAAUGCCUAGCCAAACUCAAACAUCCGUCCCCAGAAUUCUAGUAAAUAUACAGGUAUAUUUAUAAAUAUUUCAGUGAUUUUUUUUUUUUUUUAAGGACCUUUCAGCAUGAUUUUCAUUCUGCUGGACUUAGACUUCCCUAUGAAAUAACUUGUUCUCUAUCAUUACGUACUUUUUCAGUGGUUCUUCUCUCAGUCUUCAACACUGACAGGUGUUUGCAUUUUCUGAGGAUUAGUCAGCACUGCGGCUAAGGUCACUUGUUUUACAAGCUGUCACCUCUCCACCUUUCUGCCAGGCUGGAACUGCUGAAGCUGACAUCUCCGUCAGCCCUAAGAGCAGGACCCCCCGAGAUGCCUCUUACAGUGUUAUGCUCCAAAGCGGGAGCCACCAGGAGACACACACCAACUUGUUAAUAUGGAGAUUGGUAUUUAAAGACGAGGCAUUCACUCUGCCUUUUUAUGGAUGAACUGAGGUCAUCCCUUGUCGAUGAGGGAAAAUUCUUCUCUACAGAAAAAGCCAGCCGAUUCAUUCAGAAGGAACAAUAAGAAAAUUCCCAUUCUUCAACCUCCAGUGAAAUAAUUCAGGGUAAGGUUCAUCGAUAGAUGCUAAGACCAAGGUGAAAUUUUGCUUUUACAAUGGAAAGAUCUAGUGGUCACCAGCUUAACCAGGUGAUCAGACUAAGCUAGCUAGCUGCCGAGGAGUUGGCUCUGACUCAUGGCAACCCGUGUACAACGGAAAAAAACGCUGCCUGGUCCUGCGCCAUCUUCGUGAUUGCUCGCGUGUUCAAGUCCAUUGUUGUAGCUGCUGUGCCGGCCUGUCUCACCGAGGGGCUCCCUUCCCUCACUGGCCCCCGACUUCACCAAACAUGAUCCCUCCUGAUGACGUGUCCAAAGCAAGCGAGUUGGACAGUGUUCUGCUGUGAUCCAUAAGGGUUUCACUGGCUAAUUUUCAGAAGCAGAUCGCCA